AUGUCGACGUCUACAGCUAAAGAACUACGCCAAUUUGACUGGCUGGUGUACGUGCUCGUAACGUGCGCCCUCUGUUUGUCCGAAGCCAAAGAUUGGCGCCGAGCCAACGCCACCUGCCCAAAGCUGUCGAUUUGCCAGUGCACCGUCGUCUCGAAAGGGGCCGUGACUUCAUGCAAGAACGUCGUGAACAGUCAAGAACUGGAUGCAGACAUGGCCCUGUUGGAGGGCGUCGUCCACUCGAGGCUCACUUUCGAUCACGUCCAAGUCACAGAGCUGCCAGCUUCGUGGUUCUCCAACCACUCGGCACACAUGCUAGUCAUCAAAAACUCUCCCCUGCGUGAAAUCGAGACGGCGGCCGCCAGUGGCAUCCACAAACUAUUGCGUGUGCUGCUCGAGAAUGACCAGUUGGACGUUGUGCCGCGCGAUCUGAGCGCGGCGAAGCGACUACGGUGGCUGUGUAUACGAAGGAACCACGUCAAAUUCCUGAAGGGCAUGCUAUCUUUGCCAGACCUUCUGGAAUUGGAUCUUCGCUUCAACGCCAUUGAGACGAUAGACGAAAAAUAUCUUUCGGGAAUGGCUAGCCUUCAGUCUUUGCGGCUGUCUGUUAAUAAGAUACAGCACCUGCCGAGUAUUCUCUUCAAAGAUACAAGAAAGUUGAAGCAUGUGGAGAUUCGCAGCAACCGCAUUCAAACGAUCAACGCCUUGUUCAAUGACCUGCGGCGCCUGGAGGUGCUCGAUUUAAGCCGCAACGUGAUCACAGACAUCGAAGUUCUUAUGGCAUCCAAAAUGCCUUUUCUCAAAAAGGUUAAUCUGGAAGAUAACCUUAUAAACGUUAUCCCCGAGGUAUCAGCGUCCAACGCAAAGCUAGAAAGACUUCUCCUUAAUCGAAACCAAAUUACUGAAGUGAAGCCUGAAGCCUUCGCGGCACUGGAAGCAAUGUCUCGGGUCGAGAUAAGCAACAACAGCGUAUCCCGCUUGCACCAGUCGGUUUUUCAUCCGUACUCGAGGUUGGAACACCUUGCGCUGUCAGGAAACGAAAUAACUAGUGUACGAGGAACGUUCAAAAAUAUUAAUUGGGUUAAAGAAUUGUCCUUGUCGUUAAAUAAGAUAGAGGACAUAACGGAUGUCUUCAAGGGACUAGCGCUGCUGAGGGUGCUGUCACUGAGGAACAACCUUGUGUCCUACAUUCAGGAUGACACUUUUAGCGAAAACCGCGGCCUCGUAGACAUAAAUCUGAGUGAUAACAGGAUAAAGUGGGUUGGACGAAACGCUUUUAAGGGUCUUGUGACGCUGAACAGGCUGAUUCUCCGCGGCAACCAGUUGCUUUCCCUGAACGGUUCUGUAAGCUAUCUGCCCUUAGCACAGUACCUGGACGCCUCGUUUAACUUGAUACAGUCCUUGGAGAAAGGAGAGUUUUUCAACAACGGCCGCCUGACUUUCAUCCAACUAGCAGCCAACAACAUUAGUGAUGUACAAGGGGCCUUCACUGGAGUCACAAACCUAGUGGGGCUGGUGCUCAGCGGAAAUCAAGUGGAGUUGCUACGGCGCACUGACUUCGCCGAGCGACUGGACGCCAGGUUGACCAUCACUAUUGACGUUACGAAACAAGAGGUCAGAGAGCCUUAUGUAUUUUUUUCCCUGUUUCUAGACAAUCCUUUGAUGUGUGACUGCAGACUGGCUUGGCUGCGGGGACGGAAUAGUAAAGUCCAUACGCGAGGUUACCCAAAAUGCGAUAGCCCGCCUCGGCUGAAGGGAAAGCUGUUGCAUGACCUCACGAGGCGACAGUUGAUCCUAUGGGAAGAAAGAUGCGAGACGGGCUGUCGGUGCGACUGCCACGAAGGCUCCCUCGGCGAACGAACCAUCGCCGUCAACUGUUCAUCGGCGGCGUUGUACCGCACACCGCGAGUCUUCCCAGAGGGAACGACGCGGCUGGAACUCCGCGAUAACCGCAUCGAAGAACUCGAUGACGCUCUCGUCAACGGCGCGCCACACCUCGAAGUUCUCUCGCUCAAGAAUAAUCUCCUGACACGCCUCAAUGUCAGCAAUAUUCCCGAAAAAGUACGCUCUCUCGACCUGAGGGGCAACCGUAUGAAGCGGCUCCCCUACGCCCUCGUGACGGGUCGCAAUUUAGCGACGUUGAGGCUGUCUGCCAACCCCUUUAUGUGCGAAUGCGCCGACUACCCUUUCAGACAGUGGAUAGAAGCUCAGGGUCACAAAAUUUUGGAUGCCGGAGACAUCGUGUGCUCGAAGAACUCCAAUUCGAGGGUGUCUUUGAAGGCGUUCUUGAGUCUAGGACAAAAGGAACUUUGCCCGUCAGCUGUACCUGCCGUCAUAGCGUACCUGAUACCUGCCUUGGCGUCGCUGGUGGUCGGGCUGACGCUGUCGGCGGCCUACCUGCGCUACAAGCGCGAGCUGAAGGUGUGGCUGUACGCGCGUGGUGUGUGCCGCUCGCUGCAGUGCAUCAAGGAGGACGAGCUGGACGAAGAGAAGCUGUUCGACGUCUUCCUCUCGUUCAGCAGCAGGGACGCCGACUGGGUGCACGCGCAGCUUCUGCCCAGCGUCGAGGCGCUCGGGUUCUCGGUGUGCACUUACGAGCGAAACUUCAAGGGCGGCUUCCUUCUGCAGGACAUCAUCCGAGACGCCGUGACAUGCUCCAGGCGCACGCUGCUGCUGCUCACGGGGAACUUUGUGGAGAGCGAAUGGUGCCGCUGGGAGUUCCGUCUGGCGUACCAGCGCGCUAUGGAGGACCACAUCAAUCGGUUGGUGAUCGUGCUUGUCGAUGAUGUCGCUCCCGAGUCACUGGACGAGGAUCUCCGAGCGUACGUGCAGGCUACCAAUUAUGUGCGAUGGGGCGAGCCGAACUUCUGGGACAAGUUGCUGUAUUCGCUUCCCAAAAGAAACGCCAAGCGGAAGCUCAUCGUCAACAGGCCGCAGGAGUACCCCAUGACACAUGUCAACGACGGUACGCAGGAACAAAAAUAAAUCGUCUUU